AGUUACCUAAACACGCAGCUGCUGAACGCGUCAAGUCAGAAACUAAAGUUCGUGUCAUACAGCUCGAGAGGGUGUGAGCAAGAAGGACUAUUGAAGUUUUCUCCCUUUACUAUUCUUCAGAUUUGUUAUGGCAACUCUGAAGCUGAUGAUGCGAGCAGUUAGAGUUUCUGAAUUUGGUGGUCCAGGUGUUCUCAAACUUUUGUCUGAUAUUCCGGUGCCCACUCCAAGUGAAAAUCAGGUUCUUAUCAAAGUUCAUGCAUGUGGUGUGAAUCCAGUAGAAACCUACAUUCGUGCUGGAACUUAUUCAAGAAAGCCAACUCUGCCUUAUACCCCAGGUACCGAUAUUGCAGGAAUUAUAGAAGAUGUGGGGCAGCAAGUAACAAAUUUCAAGAAGGGUGAUAGAGUUUUCACAACCGGCACGAUCACUGGUGGCUAUGCAGAGUAUUCUGUAGCAUCCGUUGAUACUGUGUACCCAUUGCCAGAUAACCUCACAUUCAAGCAAGGAGCUGCUGUUGGAAUUCCAUUCUUCACUGCAUAUCGAGCACUUUUUCACAAGGCUCAUGGGAAACCAGGAGAAACCGUGCUGGUUCAUGGAGCAAGUGGAGGAGUGGGAAUAGUAGCAUGUCAACUUGCUCGUGCUUAUGGAUUCAAAGUUUUUGGCACAGCUGGGACUCCAGAAGGGCUAAAGCUCAUCUUGAACAAUGGAGCCCACCAAGUUUUCAAUCAUCGGGAAGAGAACUAUAUUGAAAAAAUAAAGAAAGCCAGUGCUGAUCAUGGAGUCGAUGUGAUAAUAGAAAUGCUGUCCAAUAUCAACCUGAAUAAGGACCUCCAACUUUUGGGAUUUGGUGGCCGAAUAAUUGUUGUGGGUUGCAGAGGAUGUAUUGAAAUAAAUCCAAGGGAGACAAUGGCAAAGGAAGCUAGCAUAAUCGGUACUACUUUAUUCAAUGCAACUAAGGAAGAGCGAGAGGAAACUGCUGCAGCUUUUUUUGCUGGAGCUGAAGUUGGCUGGUUAAAGCCAGUAAUAGGUCCUGAAUACCCAUUGGAGAAGGCAGCCCAGGCACAUGAAGAUAUUAUUAACAGUUCUGGUGCUUCUGGAAAGAUGGUACUUACAAUGUGAAAUCAUCCUUCUGUCUGGUCUCUUGGAAAUCGUCCUAUCAAAAUGGGCAUAUUUAAAGAGCUACAUUGCUGACAGUUCUGUAGAACAGUAAUUCAGAAUAUGCGUAUUAUAAAAUAUAUGCUGUCACAUUCAGAGUAAUUUUAAUUGUCUACGAUUUUUGUUUUGAUUUUCUUGCUGACAUUUUUUUUUUCAAAACUGGUUUUAUUUUUUGAUCGAGUUUCAUGGCAGUGUCCACAAGGACAUUAAUGCAGAUAUGCAGAAAUGCAUUAUAUUACACACAUUGGCAAGUAACAGAAAAUUGCAAGACGUAAGGGUAAAACAUAGAUCCCAAGUUGUAAUGAUUCUGCACUAAAGACUAUUUUUCAUGAUCACAUUAGAACCAAGUCAUGUAACUAUGUCGACAGCUGCAGCUUUUGAGGCUCGUGAUCUCACCUGUUAAAAAAGUGCAUUUUGUAAAUGGAAGAUAUGUGAAAAUAUAUGCCAUACAAGAGUUUUGAACUAUUCCAGCAAAUGUAAUGCAAAAGCAAAUACUUUGUGUUAAACACAGUUAUUAGUUAACUCUGAAACUUGAAUAAUAAAAUAACUGAAAUGUAUCUUAAAUAGAGAACAAACAUGGAAAACAUUGAGUUGAAACAGCUAAAUGAUUCUGUAAUGAACUUAUAUUUUUUCUGCAAAUUAGGCUAGAAUAUUGGAUUUUAAUUGCUUUAUUAAACACUAUAUUGCUGUAAUCAUGAAAAAAAUAUAUACUUUGAUGUGAAGUCUCACUGAUUUGUAUCUUUUGUGCAGUUGGAUUUGCUUAUUAAAACAGUGUACCUAUCAA